GUAUAAUUACACUGGGGACACCGUUAAAUAAAGUGUAACCUUAUUUUUAUUAAUUAUGUAAUUAUUUGAAUAAUUUAGUAGCUCAGUUGGAAAUUGCAUAAUUCACAAGUGUUGGGUGUUUUUGUUUUGUUUUCUUUUUUCAUAUGCGCUAAGCAGAAGUGUUCCCCAGUGCUGAGUCAGUAUGUUGUAAUGUUUUGAUACCAUGGCAGUAACUAGUAAAGAAGGCUGGGUUGGGUUGGACACGUUUGGUUUCCUGUGAGCUGACUGGAGCAGGAUAUUAUCUGCAGGCACACACACAAACAUUCAGAUCAUAUUGAGUGCUGUGCAUGUUUUCAGUUUCAUUUGCACGCACCGAAGUGACACUUUUACACUUGAGCAAGCGAUGGCUGGACCGAGGCCUGUGGUGAUGAGCGGACCGUCUGGAGCUGGCAAAAGCACUCUGCUAAAGAAGCUGCUUAAUGAGUUUGAUGGUGUCUUUGGCUUCAGCGUUUCCCAUACGACGCGAAACCCCCGUCCAGGAGAGGAGAACGGCAAAGACUAUCAUUAUGUUACCAGGGAAGUGAUGCAGGCGGCCAUAGCAAAUGGUGAAUUUAUCGAAAAUGCUGAAUUUUCAGGGAACAUGUAUGGAACAAGUAAAGCAGCUGUACAGGCUGUUCAAGCCAAAAAUUUGAUUUGCAUUUUGGACAUUGACAUGCAGGGAGUGAAGAACAUCAAGAGAACCGAUCUCAACCCCAUCUAUGUGUCCAUCCAGCCCCCGUCAAUGGAAAUCCUGGAAAAACGAUUAAGGGACAGAAAAACUGAAUCGGAGGAAAGUCUACAAAAACGUUUACAUGCAGCCAAAGUUGACAUGGAAAUAAGUAAAGAGCCAGGUUUAUUUGAUGUGGUGAUUAUCAAUGAUGACCUUAACAUAGCGUAUGGAAAAUUAAAAGAUGCUCUUCUUGAGGAAAUUCAAAAGGUCAGAGGCGCCAACAAAUCAUAGACGAGAGCACACCUGCGAACCACAGCGACCUCUCUCUUCACUUCCAGCUGCAGCAGAACGUCUUCAAACCUCAACAUUCCACCCAGGAAAGACUCUCUGAGGUUCAGUCAAUACUCCAACACCGCAGAAUGUCAAAUGUACUCAUCACGGUGCAGGCUAAUAUUAUAUAUUCCAGGUUUAUUUUUCGACCAUGUACGUGUUCCUGGGCUAAAGGUCAGAAAUGUGUAGAUGUGUAACCAAGAAACACUCUAAGUCCUUUUUUUUUUUUUUUUAAUGUUUCUGUUUUGAUAUUUUUCCUUUCACAUUUUUUUAUAACAAUGGAAGAGAAACAAUACAAAUAAUAGGUUUUAUAUAUCUAGCUAGCAUGUUUACUAAUUUAUUGUUUUGUUUUUUUUCUAUGCUGAUCUUUUAUAAUAACUCAGAAUUCUGUCUUUGUUGCAGUUGUAAACACAACGCAGCUUACCAUUGGCAAUAUUAAAACAUUCAGAUCUAUUAUCUGCACAUAUGAGCAGUGUCCCACACCUGCUUUCAUUCAUAUAAUUGCAUCUGAACGUCUGACGCUUCGUUUCUUAACGAAUAACUGAUGGAAAUGGUUGCGUCUCAUCCUCCGGUGUCUUGAAAUGCGUAAUCAUGAUUCGCAUACACAUUACGUGCAUGUUGCUCAGAUUACGCUUUGUAAAUAAAGGAUAAUAUUUCACUUUAAAAUGUUUUUAGUGCAAGGCAGCUUAUAAACACAGCCAUAAGUCUUUAGGUGUGUUUAGGAGACAUUAUUGAUGCUUUUAGUCUUAUACAACUGAUCUUUAGUAGAUUUAUCAAAUGUAUUCCUGUUAAAAAUUAAACGUGACCAUCAAAUAAUAUGAAAACCAAAGUAAUACAUAAUUUUAAACUAUAGAUUACAGGCACAAUUCAUUUUAUCUUCUUGCCUAAUUUUAGCUAAAUGACACCAUUAUGUUUAUUAGCAAUUAAACCAUUUAUUAUAAUAAAAGUAACAAAUUUGACCCGAUGAUUAAAAGUGAUGUCACAUGAUAAAAUACUCGUUUUCGAAUCAUGAGCAAAAUCGUGGUUCCAGGCCACCUUGUAUAAUGCAUAACAAUAGUUUUAGUGAGUUUUAAAAUGUGUUUGAAGUUUAUAUUUGUUUCUCCCGAUCUUCAAAGUACUGUAUGUUACUCAUUGUCCUUUGAGUGUGAAAACGAUGUAAUCUAAUGUAACUCGUGAUUUGUAGGCAUACAACUGAACCGUGAAUAGUUUAUCAAAAAGGUUUUCCUAAAAUGGCACAAUUUUAAAGAAUCUGAGGAAGCCAAAUGACUAGACACCAGCUGUUUGUGACAUGUAGAACGAUGCUGUGUAUGCUGCAUAUGUUGACAAGUUGACAUUGUUUAUGUUUUAUUUUAAAUAUGUUUAAAUGUCAUGCCAGGGUUUAGAUUCCAGGUCUCUAGGUCUGUCACUUACAAAUCUACAAGCCUGUUUUAGAGUUUUGUUUCAUUCCUUGGUGCAUCUUAAACAUUUCCUUGAAAGAAAUCUGUCAAGUGUGUGGUGGUGAAAUGUGAAAUCUGACAAAUGCAUUUAAUGUCUCAAAACAAUGUCUAAACCAAAUGUUUUCUUUUUUUAUUCUAUAACUAUUUACAUGUACUGUGCAAGUGUAAUAAAACUACACCAAUACA